AUGAUGGCGAUGGUUCGAUGUAACUUUUCGGAUGUGGGCCGAAUUACUGAUGGUGUCAUUGGUCGACUCCAGCGAGAGAUCAGCAGUACCGUAGUGCUCAAACCUGGCGAAAUGAACAUUUUUGGUGUUGUUAACAAGCUCAGGAGCGAUAACGGAAAGGGAAAGCGGCUGCUUGUUGUGGAGCAAGGCGAAUCUCUCAGUCCACAAUUGUUGAAUGGACUGUUUUACUGUCUUUCUACUGUUAGUAGCAGUAUAAUAGUUCUCCUGUGCCUACGAAUGUCUACGAAACGAGCAACGUUCUUUUCUGCUAUGUCACGAAGGGUUUUGGCAUCUCUUGAUGUUAGAUGCUAUUCGAUAUCCUCGUCCGACGAGGUGUUCGAUCGCCUUGCUUCUGCUGUGCUACUCAAUCCAACCUUCACAAAUUUGAAAAUCGAACCGACAUUUGCGAGAUUUCUGAGAUACUGGACACAGUCGCUCAAACAAAUGUCUAAUGAAGAGCUUUCUCAAUUGCUGAAACACAAGGGAAUUGCAAAGUACGACAUUGAAUUAGAUCCAAUUAGCUUCGAUGGUGAAGCUUCGGAA